GAUUUAAAAAAUGGUAAAGAUGAUAAUUUGAAACAGGCGAUAAGUAGAAGUGUAGGACUUACCGAAUAUAAGCUAAACCCCAACAAGGCUGUUAAUGAAGUAGUUUUGAUAAAUAGUAUGGUAGUGAUGAAGAAAAAUCAAAAGUCAAGCUGCGAUUCAAGAGCAGAUGGUGCUGAAUGA